UGAGCGAGCGCGAGAAACACCAGCGUGAUAGAAUAAAGAAACCGGUCUAAUAUACGCACAUUUUCAUUCGUUAUUUUGCUGUGAGUCAGUUCAGUUCGCUUCGGAAAUUCCGCCGGACAAACGAUCAGGCGAACUAUUUCUGCAUAAUGCCCUGCUGUGCAAAUAGUGACAAUGGGCUAGCUGUGUAAAGGAGACGGAAAUUUUGAAAGAGAAAUAUAAAGAGAAAGAGAGAGGCAAUCAAAUAUAGCAAGAGAAACUUAAAGAGAGAGAUGUGAAAACGAGAAGGAAAGCGAUAGAGAAUGAGCGAACCUUUAAAGUAGAUGAAACACAUUGCAGCAAUAAUUAGCGAUCGAAUGCAUCAGGUUAGAUUUCUAUAUAUGCAGUGACCUUGAGCCUGAUAUGAAUUCCAAAAGACAAACAAACUGCAUUAAGUAUUUGGACUGCAGAAGAGAGUGAUAUUGAAAUUCAUUCCCAAUUUGUACCAUGGGGUUGUGCUGUGGCAGUACAGAUCGUGUUACAAAAUAUUCUAAAGAAGACAUUCAACAGCCAACUGAAAGUGAACCACUCAAAUAUGAUCCUGACUUUAAAGGACCUCUGUCCAAAAGGUCCUGUACGGAUCUUCCGUGUUUAUUUUUGUUUGUUAUUUUUCUCUGCGCCUGGGGUUACGUAGCGUACUAUGCUGUUCAACAUGGCGAUUUAAAUCGAUUGCUUGUGCCAAUUGACUCAGAUGGACGAAAAUGUGGUGUAGAUAGCGAAGUUCGUGACGAACCUUACCUUGUGUUUUUCAACAUAACUGAAUGUGCUAAAAUCGAUGUGCCUAUUUCAGGUUGCAGCACUACGCAGGUUUGUGUAAGUCAAUGCCCAAAUCAAGAUUUUGAUUUCGAAUCCGCAAACUGCAAUCCUUCCAAUGUUAAUGAAAUCCGUUCCAAAUUAAUAUGUAAGCAAAAUGUUAAGAAAACCGACCUAACGACAUGCCAAAUUAUUCGACAAUAUAUCAAAUCACAGAGAUGCGCACAGACAAUGCAAAAAAGCACUCCAUUGGUAAACCGAUGCGUUUCUAACAUUCCGGAGGGACAAUGUACUCUCAUACCGAAACAGUUUCGACAACAACCGCCCAUUACAAGUACCAAAUUUCAAACCUCAGCCAAAGAGUGUAAAGAACAACGCGAACUUGAAAAUAUUUUGGAAGAAAAAAUUUCUAAACUACAAUCUUUUUUGGCAAGAUACGUGAAUAAUCUCAUAUCCGUUCUAACGAAAAAUAAUAGCGUCCAUCAGACUAGUCAAAUGAUAGUGGAAGAUAUUUUGGAAUCUUGGCGUAUGAUAUUAGUUUUCAUAGCAUGUUCUGUCUUGGCUAGUUUAAUUCUCAUCGCGAUGCUUCGAUGGAUAGCGAAACCUUUAGUAUGGAUUUCGAUUAUUGGAGUAAUUACUGCGCUAAGCUAUGGAGCUUACUACAGCUUCCGGCAAUACCAGCAAAUCCGUGCCAAUCCGGUAGCAGCACAUGUGAACGUGUCUCCAAAUCUUAGUUCUUUGGUAAAUUCCUGGUUUAAGUCAGAUCAAACCUGGCUGUGGAUACUGAUUGCCCUAUCAGUUAUAUUGAUCGUCUUACUGUUGGUUGUAUUGGUCUUACGAAAAAGGAUCGUGAUCGCCAUCGCUCUUCUGAAGGAGGGUAGCAAAGCUGUUAGUGCCAGUUUUUCAACAGUAUUCUUCCCCCUUGUACCAUGGAUAUUGCAGGCUGUGGUUAUUGUAUUUUCUUUAUUAGUACUUUUAUUCUUAGCAUCUAUUGGUGUUCCUGUAUACAAAGUAAAUGGACUCAACUCGUCUUUAACGUGCGUUUGCACAAAUGGAUACAUGGAAGGUGACAUAUGUGAUCCAGUCGCAUUCAAUGAAAAUUGUCGAGACACUAGUAGAAUCUAUGAUCAAGAACGAUGUCUUGAUGCUGCAUGUCACUUUCAGGAGGUGGAUACCCCAGGUAUAGUUAGGUUCUUCCAUGCUUUAAACGUGAUCGGAUUUUUUUGGUGUAUUUGUUUUGUAUCCGCAUUCAGCGAAAUGGUGCUUGCUUUCACAUUCGCCACAUGGUACUGGACGCGCCAAAAAUCACGCCUUCCAUUCUUUGUGUUAACGCGUGGCGUUACACACACGGUUUACUAUCAUCUUGGUACAUUGGCUUUCGGAUCGUUAAUUAUUGCUAUUUGCAAAAUUAUUCGAGCCAUUCUCGAAUAUGUAGACCAUAAACUUAAGCGGUACGAUAAUGGACUCACUCGUGCCGUGUUGUGCUGCUGUCGAUGCUUUUUUUGGUGCUUGGAAAGUUUUUUGAAAUUUUUAAACAGAAAUGCCUACAUUAUGUGUGCAAUCUAUGGGAAAAACUUCUGCUCAAGUGCAAAAGAUGCAUUCAGCCUACUUACGCGAAACGUGCUCCGAGUAAUUGCAUUGGACAAGGUUACGGGAUUCUUAUUUUUCUUGUCUAAGUUACUCCUUGCUUCUGGAAUGGCAGCCGUAACGUACACGUAUUUUGAUAGUGAUCUACCAAAGAUGCAACUAAAUUACCCUUUUGUGCCAGCUGUACUCGUUUUCAUUGGAACGUUCAUUAUUGCAUCCAUAUUCUUCAGCGUUUACUCUGUUGCUGUUGACACCUUAUUUUUGUGUUUUUUGGAAGACAUAGAACGAAACGAUGGCAGUGCCGAGCGACCCUUUUAUAUGUCCAGAGGAUUGCAAAAAAUAUUGGGGAAGAAGCAAAAGUAAAUUGAAGAUAUCACCAAAGAUUUAUUGUCUACCGUCAACACUGUCGCGGGGUAGCAGCACCAAUCAACCGCAGUUCUUCCUAUGGACUAUUUGGAUAAUGCGUGACCAAGCAAAUAUUUCCACGCACAUAGAAUUCUAAACCUUUAAGCCAAUACAGCCCAUUUGUAAAUAUUUGGAUGAAACAGCUGUUUAAUAGUAUAUGUCAUUUCGUUCACAUAUGAAGUAAUUUAAGUCUAUAUUUUGAUACUAAUUUAUACAUAAUGCGUACCAUGGGUAUGAUGAAAUGAAAUUCAACGAGAAUUUAGAAGAACCGAUGAGAGUAGGCAUUUAAAUCAAGAAUAUAUUGUGAUUGAUAAUAUUGGUAGAUCUUAUUAGAAUUCAAAACUCAUAAAUUCAAAUUACACCUUAAUCAUUUUCUAAUGUGUUGAAUAUUUCUACAACCAUCACUAGAUGAAUUGUAAUUAUUAUAUACAUACAGUAAUUUUCAAAACUAUACGAUCAAAGUAUGUACUGUUCGGUAAAUAUUGGAAAUUCAUAUCUGGAAUGGAUAGUGAAACAUUAGAUGCUACAAUAAUGAUGAUCAAAGGAACAGAUUUCUUGUUUUGACAAUGGUAUAGUAAUAAAAAUAUCAAUUUUUCGAAUUUAA